AUGCGACUUCGCCUUCCAUGCUCUGAGGCCUUGCCGCGAGGGCAAAGUUUUCUGCAGAGUUUGUUGGACCUGGACUGCUCCCAUUGCCACGCCUUGGAUCCUGCUCUUUUGAGGCAUGUCCUCCGAAGCGCGCCAAAGCUGCAGACCUUGGACAUUUCGGAGUGCUUGGCGUUGAACGACUCUGCUAUUCCACCGGGAGGGAGUCUCCGUCGCCUGCGCUGCCGCGGGGUGCCGUCCGCCAUGGCGCCGUCGCUGCGGCGGCUGGCGGCGGCCACGGUGCUGGAGGAGCUGGACACGGAGCUCGAGUGGUGGCCUCAAGUCUCCUGGUGGCCUCCGGAGCUCUUUCAGUUGGCGUUUUGGCUUUGCAGGUCUUCCCUUCGCCGCACCUGGCAGCGUCUCUGCCCCAAUGCCUACCACCACGCCCUGCGCCGCCUGCGGCUGCCGCUUGCGCUGGGCCUAGUAGGGCUGCUGAGGCUGACGUGGGCUCUUUAUCGGUUCAUUCGGUGGUCGAAAAUGGCGGCAGAUGGCGCCACUUUCUGGGCUUUCUGGAUCUAUGGAACUGGGAAAAUCGAUGGCCAGGCCUGGCUUGUACCAGUCUGCACGGCGCCAGCAAUGUGGCGGCGGCGGUUCUUAGCCGCAGCCCGAGGUCCCGUGUACGAACGCUCGGGCUGCUGCACUGAAGGUUCCGAGGUCUACUCCUUUGGCAUGGUGAUGCUGGAGGUCCUCACAGGCCUGGCUCCCUCCGCCACGGACCAAACAGUUCCAGGAGGCAUCUCCUUCCCCAUCGCUGAAAAGGUGGCACCCCAGCAGCCUGGCGCCUUGGAACGGAUGAGGGGCAGAGACAGCACGGCGGAGUGGCCUCCCGCGCUCUUCAAGGAGCUGGCCACGUCGGGGGAGCUCAGCAUCCCAGGGGAGGUGCAGGUGCUUUGGACCACGCAAAGUGCGUGUCCGCCCGGUGUCACCUGGCAGCGGGGGCAGCCGCUUCAGGACAAGGCGGAGUUCGCCUACGAGGCCUUCAACCGCGGCCGGGACUUCGGCCCACUGGACCUGGCGGCCACGGUGCGCUACUGCCAAUGGAUGGAUCACCUGGUGCGCGUGCACCAACAGGGGCAACAUAAAGUACUGGCGCACAUGACAUUGGAUCAGCCCUUGGAGUGCUGGAGCAACACGGUGACCUUGUGUUGCGCAUAUCUGGUCCUGGGGAAGGGCCUUUCCGCGGCUGCCGCCAUAUCUCCUUUCGCAGAGCUGCCCUUGCCACAUUUCUUGGAUUGUCGCGGUGAUGCUGUUGGCAUCUUUGAGGACACCAAGGAACCGGACUUCCGGCUGCGAGUGAUCGACGUGCUCACAGGUCUGCAGCAUGCCAGAGAUCUGGGUUGGUUGGACUAUCGGACCUUCAACCCUCAGGAGUAUGCUGCCUUGCUACGUCCUGAGCGGGGCGAUAUGACGUGGUUGUUGAAGGGCAAGGCUGUGGCCAUGGCGAGCCCCUGGGGCCGGCCCUAUGACACGGACAACCUUCGCGUUUUGACCCCAGAGGAUUUGGUCCCGUACUUCCAGCAGAACAAGGUUGGUAUCAUCAUCCAGUGCAACAACCCAGAGGCCGAGGAGCAGAACCAGCGACGCGAACUCCUUUGCUACGACCCCAAUCGCUUUCAACGGCUUGGCAUCCGACAUGUUUGGCUUCCCUUCGAAGAUGGAGGUUGUCCCACCGUGGACAUCUUGCAGCGCUUCCUCAGCACCUGCGAGUCCCUGACAUCGCCGUCGACGGCCUUCGCAGUGCACUGCCGCAGCGGCCUGGGCCGCACGGCCACGUUGAUCGGGGCCUAUGCCAUACGGCACUGCGGCUUCACCGCGCGUUCCUUCAUCGGAUGGUCGCGUGUCUGUCGCCCGGGCACGGUGCAUGGCAACCAACAGCAGUACCUGGUGAAUCUGGAACCGUACUUGCGGAUGGGUGCCCCAAAAGCCCUGAGCAGCCUCAACUGCGCGGAGCAGCUCCGGCUGUUGCCCAAGCGUGAGCUGCGCUUCUUCGCCUUGGACCGUGGCAUCUCCAGCGAGAGAACGGCGCAGAAGUCAGAUGAGGAGGUGAUUGAAAUGAUCUUGCAGGCACGUCAGGGUGCAGUGCCAGUCGAGCACCUGCGGCCGCCCGACCCAGCACUGGCGCACCGCGCCGCGUUGUCAGCAGGGAACCGGACGCCGACGCCAGUGGUGACACCAAAGUCUGCAGGGCCUGACGCCACAUCCGAGUUGUGGGAAGAAGUCUUGCGAUACCUGAGACUUCUGUCCAGUGCUCCCUGCUGGCAGCCCAUCGUUCAGCUGGUGGAACAGCUCCGAAGGGCGCAAAGGACAGCGGAGAAAUCCGGCGCGCUGCGCUUCCAAAGUCGCAGCUCCCAGGACCCCGCCGAGGCGGAUCGCUUGCAGCGGCAGCAGCAGGUGGCGCUGCAAACGUCCAAGGAGAAGGAGGAGGAGCUGCAGCGCCUGUUGCAGCAGUUGCAUGCUGUGCAACGGGACUGCAGUCAACUUAGACUAAACAUCGCCAAAGGGCAGGGCGAGGUGGAGCUGGAGGCCGCGACCACGGUGGCACACCGUGAGGCAGAGGAGAAGUUGAGGCAGCUGAAACUCCGCCGGGGUCAGCUACAAGAAGAACGUAGCCAGCAGCAACAGAACUUGCAGGCAGCCAGGCACCAGCUGAACCAACCCUGGGAAAGCGCCAAGUACUCCCUGGACAGACUGCGCUCGCGAUUACAGGUUAGUGAGUUGUGA